AUGGCAGAUGAUCAGGGAAUGGCAACCUUAGGGACAAGCGAGACUUUGCCCUUCAUUGAAAAACCUUUUGUCAUCUCAGAUAAACCAAAGGACUCUCCUAAGGACUUAAGAGAAAGGGAAGAUGAUACUAAAGGGACUACGUGUGGUUUCUGGAUAUUUAAGGGCCCUCUUCUGCAAAGAUAUGCCACUGAGAAAAUGUAUGUGAUUCUCUAUGGCUUCGCUGGCUGCGUGAUGGCAAUGACCUUUGCCUACUUUAAUGGGACCAUAACGACCUUGGAGAAGCGCUAUAAGAUACCAACAAAGGUUUCCGGCAUUAUCUCAGUGGGAAAUGAUAUCAGUACCAUGCUAACGGCCGCCCUCUUGGGCUAUUAUGCCGGCAACGGUCAUCGCCCCCGCUGGAUGGGAACAGGAUUACUGACCAUAGUGGCCUUCUGCCUGCUAACGAGCUCCCUGCACUUAAUUUACGGAGCUGGCGAGGACGCCAUGAAGUUAACCCGGGAAUUCGGGCAGGCUAACGAAACUUUGGCUGGACAAGAGCGGGAUAAGAAGCUGUGCCAGCCAAGUGCAGCAGGAUGUGUCCAGGAGGUGGGUCAGUGGGUGCCUCAAGUAGUUCUGUUUGUGGCUCAACUUAUCUCGGGAGUGGGCCAGGCUCUUUUCUAUACCCUAGGCAUUGCCUACAUGGAUGACAAUGGCACCAAGUCCAAGACACCAGCCAUGCUGAGCAUGUCUACAUUCUUAAGGAUGCUGGGUCCAGCUGUCGGUUAUUCCUUGGCUGCUCUUUGUCUGCGUGUGUAUAUUGAUCCCAGCCUGGAACCACUGAUUGGGCAGGAGGAUCCCCGCUGGAUGGGCGCCUGGUGGCUGGGCUGGAUAGUCUUGGCUGCCGUAACUUUGAUCUCUGCAGUGCUGCUGUUUAUGUUCCCCAAGGAGCUGCCCAGCUCGAGAAAAAGACGCCUUCAAGUGAAGCAGUUGGAAAGAAAAGAGUCACUGCCCCUCAAAGAGCGAUCCUUCGGGGACAUGAUGAAAACUGUCAGGAGACUGGCGAAAAACAAGGUCUAUGUCUACAACACCUUGGCAUCCAUACUCUACUUCUUCGGGUACAUGGCCUACUGGAUUUUCACUCCCAAGUACAUAGAAACACAGUACAGACAAUCGGCGGCCACGGCCACCAUGGCCACGGGAACAGUGGCCUUAGGAUUCUCUGCCGCCGGAGUCCUUAUUUCCGGAUACGUGAUCUCCAAGUACAAGCCAAGUGCACGGGCUAUGGCCUGCUAGAAUGCCAUUGUGGAUUUUCUGACGGUGGCCGGUAUCCUGUGUUAUGUGCUAAUUGGAUGUGAAGAAAGUGACAGGAUGAAUUCUCUGACCACAUUGUCCGCUGGGAACAGCUGCAGUGCCUCCUGUCACUGCGACUAUGUGCACUAUGCUCCCGUUUGCAGUCCGGAGAACAUCACCUACAUCUCCGCCUGCCAUGCGGGAUGUUCAGAAAGAUGGAAGAAUGCACUGGGGGGGACUAUUUACACCGGAUGCCAGUGCUUAAGCUCAUCAAUUUUGAUCUCUGACCCUGAGUCCCAAUUCGCUGUUGAUGGCACCUGUCCAGUCGACUGCUUCAAUGAGUUCCUUGUCUUCCUGGGCGUCAUGUGCUUCCUGAAACUAGUAGGAGCAUCGAGCAAAUCAACUAACCUACUCAUCGCCCUGCGCUGCAUGCCCCCGGAGGAUAAGACAUUUGCCCUGGGACUGGGCUCCAUGGUAGCUUCUCUGCUGAGCUUCAUUCCCAGCCCUAUUUUCUUCGGCUGGCUGAUAGACCACUAUUGCUUGGUGUGGGGCAAGACCUGUACCAACAAGGGGAACUGUUGGCUAUAUGACACGAAGUCUUUGAGAUACGCUUUGAAUCUCACGGCCGCAUCUUUUAUAUUUCUGGGAGGCUUUCUAAAUAUUUCAGUUUGGUACCAUGCAAAGGAUCUGAAGAUUUUCGAUGAAGAUGAACCGUCGAAAGGUCAUUCAAGGAACCAGGAAGUUGAAAUGAAAUCAAUGGACACCAAAUCUCAGGAUCAAUAA